GCCAAGCGAUGCGGAUGAGCGAUGGAAAUCUUGGUCGAUCUGCGUGCGAUCAACGCUGUCUAGGCCAACGGUGGACUGCGUUGGGAGAAGGCGUGGCUCGUGAACAGAAAUCCCUGCCUCAUCUUGAAAAGCUGAAACAAGGGCGACAGAAAUGUGAGCGACCGGAAAGGAUGCCCAGGUGGUUCAUGUAAUAAUGUACUGUGGGAUUGUGGUAGCCAAUGUUCAUUAACCUUGGAAUAUAGUAUGCUCCAUCGAGUCGCUGUUUCGCAGCCCGUGAUGAUGGACUCGCGCGCAGACGUGGAGUGGAGCACAUGCACGAAUGUGCCUUGUCUUUGUCUGGGAUCAAGCAUCCGGCGACUCGAAUACGAUGGUUCGCUCCGCUAUGUUUACCACAGUUCGAUGCACCUUUGUGGACCCCUGCCGGGUACCUUCUCACUCUGUAUUGCUGUACGGCAGCCUAUCCGCAAAAGCGAUUCAGAUCUCCUGUGAACCACAUCGCCGCCGAUCCGAUCUCUAGUUUUCACGAUAAAGCGGGCCCGAUCUCGAGGGUUACGAUAGAUUCAGUCCGUCUAGUGGAAAAGAGGGGCGAAGGAAUUUCGCGUGCGACAUUGAUGACUGCCCAGGUGCCCAAUGGUGGGCGAUCCGCGGCUUUUUCUCAUCGUUUGGCGUGGGUGCCACGAAGCCAUGCAGGGUAGAAUUUGUGCAUCAUCUCGUCGGGCUUGUGUCAGAUUGCUUG